AUGAUUAGAAACAAUACCGACAAACUAUCGGUACCUCAUCACUCGUAUAGUACAUCUACAUCCUCGAUGUCGAGUAUUGGACCUACUGGAUAUAAUAUCGGACAUAGGGCAAAUAAAUCGGGAUCUAGUACUACACGAUUAUCUCGAACAAAUACCAAUAAUACAGACACAUAUAGUAAUGAUGUACAAAGCAUAAAGACCACAGACAGAUUACCCACAGCCAAACCUAGCGUGACGUAUCUGGAUAAACUUUGGACGCAAAUUGAUGUUCUUGACGAUGUCAAGAAUAUGUCCCACCAGGUUAGACUAAAAGGGUCAUUUUUUAACGACACAUUUAAUGAAGAACUCGAGAAGUUGAAAUUACUGCAGAAUAAGUUAUUUGAGGUGAUGUCCAACCAGCAUUUCAAAGGCUACUCAGAUAAAGAUUACCAAAAACAAUUGUAUAAACUUAAUGUGGCCACUCCUAAUGCCAGUACUCCGCAACUCCUUAACCAAAUUUCCGAAGAAACUAGAAACCCCGUAAAUGAAAGACUCACUGAAUUUUUUGCCAAUGACGCCGAAGACCUGAAGCACCUUCUAUAUAAGAAACAGAAUUUUGACGAAAUCAGCCUUUAUGUGGAAGAGUUAAAGGUCAACUUGGAUAAUGUUGGUCAAUCCAUGAAGAAAUUUGACGAAAAUACCAGAGAUUUAUGGUAA